AGAGCUGUCCCUGAGCCCAGUUCUGGGGCGAAAAUGCCGGCUCUUCACAUCGAAGAUCUGCCAGAAAAGGAAAAGCUGAAGAUGGAAGUUGAGCAACUUCGCAAAGAGGUUAAGUUGCAGAGACAGCAGGUGUCUAAAUGUUCAGAAGAAAUAAAGAACUAUAUUGAAGAACGUUCUAGAGAGGAUCCUCUGGUGAAAGGAAUUCCAGAAGACAAGAAUCCCUUUAAAGAAAAAGGCAGCUGCAUUAUUUCAUGAAUAACUGGGGAGACACUUCCUCCUCAGUGGAAGAGGCCGUUUGUUGUCGUUUUCCAAAAUAAAACCAACCCCCUUUUAAAGGAGUAA